UGUGUUUUACUAAUCCAAAAGUCUCCUUAAAUAGCUUUGCAUGAAAGGUCAUUUUCAUCAUGCUUGGAUGCAUUUUUCUGUGUUUAAAAUGAAUCCAGAUGCCAAUGUGAUGAUUAAGCAACCUUGAUCAUGGAACAAGUUGGGGUACCAAGAAGAGUCUAUUUUUAUAUCCUAAAUGUACACAAAACCUGUAAAGUUUCUACGUUUAAUCUUUUUAUGAGGCAUGAAAGGUUUAAUAUUAAAAUCCUGACCAGUGUUAAUUAGUUACUGUUAAUUAUUUUUAUUUCCUAAUUUAUAUAAAGAUCCUCCUCAGAUUCUCUUUAGCGCUACAGUGACAUCAACAUUAAAUCUAAUAUAUUUAUGUAGAUGUCACAUUUGCCUGUGAAUCCCCUAAGAACACUUAAAUUAGCUCCAGUGGUUUUUUUUUUCUUUUUUUGCAUUGUGUUAUGAAGGUGUGCAAAUGGAAAUGAGAGCAUGAUCUCACUUUGUACACAGUUGACUGACAGCCCACAGCAACAGGUGGGGCUGGGGAAGCUUGAUACAAGAGAAAACCACACUAUUUCUUACAUCCGCUUAUUAUUAGACCAACUUUUAGCUGCAACCAUGAAUUUUUUUAAACAGGAUUUGGUGUGGUCUGAAGGUACAGAAAACUCACUGAGGGCAACGGAUGGAUCAUGAAUGUUAGAGAGUCACUGAUCAGACCUUUCCUUUUGAUUUCCACUCACAGUUUUUUGUUGAAAUCUGAUUUACUUUUUCUGAUUUUGACCAAUUUAGAUUUUCACUAGUGUUUCUUUCUAAGGACUGUAACAACUAAAUAAUGCCAUUAAUGAAAGGAUUUGUCCCUGGUCUUUAUCUGAUUCAUAGUAUGUAUGUAUAAAUACAUCAGAGUACAUAUUGUUUGUUGAUGGUCUUAUAGAAAGAAAACCUGGCAGGAAUUAUACUGAAACAAAUUUAAUGAAAAGUGAAGAGGAAAAAAAACAAACUUUUUUAUCAGCUUAGCUUGCUGAUCAAAACUUUUCAAGGAAAAACCAUCCAUUUCUGAUUUCUAGCUGAUUGAUCCGUCCAUCUCUGCUGGAUGUAACAUUUGGUUGUUGCAAACUUAAACUUUCUUCUUUCUUAGCCAAAGGUCACCUUAGUCAUGUCCUUGCCUGUAGUGAUGGAUGUGCACUGAGCUACAACAGCUUCAGUCGCAACUUUCAUUAAGCCUUAUUUUAAUCCUUUAUGAUAAUAAUAAUAUAACUUAAUGAUGCUUUUUCAUAACCUAGAGGUAUUUUUCUGGGAUGGUGAAAACUAAACAGUAAUAUUUCUGAAGCAUUUCAUUGUCGGUUCUUCUUUUGUUUUCUAAUAACCCAGUUCUAAGAACUAGACUAUUUUAUAAGAAACUGGUGCUUCCUCUUUUUCUGUAAAUUUCUUAGCUUACUACAAAACAAAUUAGUUGGGGGGGAAAAACAUAUUAAGGCUCUACUGAAGGUUCAGUCUUAAUACCUUAAUGCUAUGUCCUGUGUGACCUUAUCACCUCUGUGUUAAUAGAUGUUACGAAAAAAAUAGCUUGCAAGGGACAGAUUGCUGCUGAACUUUCUAUUAUUGUGCCAUCUCUUGAGAUGAUCUGCAUAUAUCUGGUGCCUGCUUAGCAGAUCGCAAAGUGGAGGGCAGGUUUCAGUGUGAAACAUAAAUGCUGUGAAGGUGCGAAGAAGGAGUGUGCCUGGGUUAGACAUGAGACAGAGCGAAGCAGGGUGAGCUGCAACACACUAAUUGUGCUUAAAAUUGGGUCUUUUGGUGCACAAUGGGGAAUGGGAUUUCUCAGAGCUCCCCACUGGAACAUCCAAGGAUAAGAAAGUUGUCAGAUUUGUAGGUCAGGCUGCUAAGGGUUGUCAUUAAGGCAGACCCACUCUUAAGGUCCAGGAGGCUAUAUUUGAUGUUGGUUAUCGAGUUUUAAUUGUUCUCACACUUACAGCCUGCUUCCCUUUUUCAACUGUCACAACAUCAAGCAGCGUUCUGAGUAGGGUUUUAUAAAUAUCACCGUUUUGAAUCUGCAUCUCACUUUGAGUCAACACAAAGUUUUUUUCACCUCUUAAAGCAUGUUCUGUUUAUUCAAAGUGCAGGGUGUUGCUCAAUCUUAAUUGAUUUUUACAAUGUUAGAGGGAGCUGCAUGAGUGUAUCCUAGUCCCAGCUGGGGCUUAUCCAGGCUUGACCCGGUUUCAGUGUUCUGCAUCGGUGUGUAGUUCCUCUGGGACACGUCCCCUCUUCAUCGCAAUGAAGGUGGGAGAAGGCCACUGCUCACCCACGCUGACCCGGCACAGCUCAGGGCUAACGUCACCUCCUGAAAGAACCUGCACCGUGUUACAUAUUCACCCCUCUGCCUCAUUGUAGGUCACUUGGUCUUUCUCCUUCCUCCAUUUUAGAAAUGGCUUCUGGGUAUAUUAUGUCCUACAAAAAAAUAAUUAUGUUAUCUCCCUAAUUCCCAAUUAUUAUGCACAGGCUUAUUUAAGAAAAAGGAUUAGGUUUUCCCCCUGUCUUUUUCGGCAUCAGCAGCAGCAGCAGCAGAGCUGAAAGAAUCUGAACGUGACACUCGUCUGCUCCUCUGCAGAAAGGGGUCCUACACUUGGAUGAACCGGGGGAGGAGAGAGCGCUGCGAGGCUGUCAUGUAAGCUGUCUCCUCUGGGGGCCUCCUCUCGGUUCGCGCUGCUUCCUGCCUCAGGUAGAAGCCUCAGUGGCAGCAGUGUUUCUGCUGCCGGUAGCUUCAGGGCUGCUCUCUCGCUUCUCUCUGCUCCCUCCAGCUGAGCAGGCAAAACAUCCUCUGCUCCAAGCACGAAAAUGGAGAAGAUCUGCUCAGAGUGCACAGAGCCAACACUUGCACAGAGUCUCUGUACGCUGUGCAACAAGUGGCUGUGCUACCAGUGCACCGACGUGCACCAGCACCAGAGAGCCUCCUCCCAGUAUACUGAUUCUUUCCAGCAGCAGCAGCAGCAAAGACCCAGUGCCACACAGUGUCCUGACUUGCACCAGAGAAACUCCAGCACACUGCCUCCUACUGGACAAGGCCCCGGUUCGUAUCCUUGCUCCCUCCUCAUGUGCCACACUCACCGACAGGAGCCCUUGGAACUUUUUUGUGAGUCAUGCGACCUUUUGUGCUGCAGCAGCUGUCACCUGUCCUCCCACAAAAACCACAGGGUGGUGCAGAUUGGCAAGGCCCUGCAGGAUCAGCAGUGGCUGUUUGAAAACCUGAUGAUGCAAGUGGAAGAGAGGCGGUCUUCAGUGGAAAACAGUGCAAAACAAAUAGAAGACAGACUGCAUGGAGUAAAGAUCGCACACAGGAAGGCAGAGAACCAGAUUAAAAUGGCAAAGAUGAUUAUGAUGAAUGAGCUUAACAAACGAGUCAACCUAUUAAUAGAGCAACUGGAGAAGAUUUCGGAGGAGUUCCAGCAGCGUCUGGAGGACCAGCUGCAGGGGGCAAUAGAGAUCUGUGGCCAGCUGGACCACAUUCAGAAGUUCAUCACCUGGGCCACAACCCAUCACUGCAGAGGCCCCGUGCUCUUCAGCAGGGCUCUGAUUUCUCUUCAGAUGCAGCAGCUGCUGGAGUCGUCUCUCCACACAGACUCCUGGAGUCCUGUCAAGAUCAAGUUUAACUGGGAUGCCAGUUACUGGACAAAGCAGAUUUCCUCUUUUGGUCAGCUAACUGUCGAUGGGGGAAAUUGCGCUUAUCCUUCGGGAUUGGCCUGUUCCAGUAUUUUGAGGCCCCAACCCGUAGCCUGCUUGGCUCUGCCCGCCAUGUUUCACCGAGGCCGAGAGCCAGGCUGCGGCUACCAGACCUGCUGCGAGCCUCAGAUAUGUUGCCUGCAUGGCAUGCCCCCUCAGCAGGAGUUGGCCACUCUGGACAAAAGCCAGAUGGAGAGCACUCUGUUUAACUCCAGCUGUACUCAGCCUGCUCAUUUCUCUGCUUCACUGCACCAGAGUCAGCAGCUCCAGAGGUUUUGGGAGACGGAGAGCUCCCUUCAGUGCCCUCCUCCUACAUCUCCUCUCCCAGGACCCAUCCAGCUCGGCUGCAGCCAAGGAUCUUCAUCCCAAGAUCCUCAGCCUUUAACGUAUGUCUCCUGUCACCAACGUCAGAGGGAAAUCGCUCCAGACAGCCAGACUCACCUCAGUGCCGACCGUGGCGGUAUGGGUCAUUGCAAGGCAAAGUUGUCUACGAGCCCAGCUCUGCAGCAAGAGAUCAGCCACAAUGUGAGGGACAAAGAUGAGGAGAGGUGUAGAGGGGAGACGUGUGGACAGUCGGCAGAAGAUGAAAGCAGAGAGCUGGAUGAGGAUCUGGAGGCAGACAGAAGGGAGCAGAGGCUGGUCCAGCUUCAGGCGUGUUUAGCUGCUGACCAGCAGAGGACCAGAACAGCUCUCAACCUCAGAAUGCAUAGAAAUGGCAAGAGGUCCACGUCCCUGGAGGUGUCUGCCAGAGCCCACGAGCGCGCAUCCGAUGUGCAGAGCAGCAGGCUCAGCCCCAGUUUGGUGUGUACAACGAGGAAGCGUCGCUCCCGGAGCAUCCCAACAGAGCUGGUGGCCCCGCCCUCCAGCUCUUACACUGAAAGGCCUGCUGCAGGACGCACAAACAGCCAGGAGGCAGGAGCUGUGAAGAAGUCUGAUAUGGUAGAUCUAAUACAAAGGAGAGCUUCAGAUGGAGGACUUUGUGUCGUCAACGAAACCGACUCCAUCCAAUCCAAAGAAUUGUCUCCUUCACCUCCCUAUAAGACAGAACCAGAUCACCCAACUGCUUUUGUAUAUGAAGAGGUUGAAUUCAGAGCCAAGGAGAAGCACAGACUACCACAAAACAGCAUCACAAGUAAUGGAGAAGCUCUGAAAGAUUCGGGGAGAUCCAGAGUUCCAGUGGUUUGCUUAGAGCGUCUCAAAAUCCUCGUGUCACAGCUUCCCCCACAUGGACGAAGACAAAGUGACCCUUUGCCUGCCAGUGAGACAGAGAAGAGGGAAGGCCUUCCCCAGCACAGCACAUGGCACACAGUAAUGCAGCACGGGACAGCCAGGGGGUCUGACACCAGAAGGACCACCCGCUCACUCACAGAGCGAUCGACUCGCAGCCCGUCUGCCGCCUACUCUGACACCUGUGACUUUAGCAGGAGACUCAGCUCCCACACAGCACCCACACAGCUUCCUACUGACUCCAAAUAUGUGCCAGAAAUUUUCUUUGCGCCCGAUUUGGACACCGACUCUGAUCCCAGGUCAGUUUCGGAGGACGUCAUCUGUUAUCCGACUGUCCCAGAUCCACUGCUAAACUCUGAUGGAUCACUGGAUUCUGAUCCAAAUGCAACAUCUUCUUCCGAGGCUGAGUUUGAACUUGCUGCUGCAAGGGAGUCAGCAGGUUCAGGUCAGGUGAGACAGAAUGUGGAUUCAGAACCGAGUCUUGAGUAUGAAGCGGAGCCAGACACGGAUGCAGGAGCAGGAUCAGAGGACGGUCGGGGGUUGGCGGCUGAUACAGAAUCAGGGGAUGCUGAAACCGAGUCUGACACCCAGCCUGAAUAUGAUCCCAGUUUUCAGGCUGAAACCGACUCUGAUGCUGUAUCCGGUCAGCCUCCAGACUCUCAGGCCUCCGGGGAGUCCGAUCUCGACUUGGAGUCUGAACUCGAACCGACAGCUGAUGACCCCCAGCCGCUACGUUCUGACCUGGAGGAGGAACCGCAGAUGGGUCCUGGUCCGAGGCAGCUUUUGAUCGCAAACCCUGCAGCUCAGAGGGACGAAGAGGACAUUCAGACGGAGCAGGACGUGGAUGAGAUGGAGAGUGAGGACUUCUGUGCAGUCUGCCUGAUUGGAGGGGAGCUGCUGUGCUGUGAUCGCUGUCCAAAGGUCUUCCACUUAUCAUGCCAUGUGCCGCCUCUUCUGAGCUUCCCCACAGGAGACUGGGUGUGCAGCGUCUGCAGAGAUGUUUUACAGCCUGAAGUUGAAUAUGACUGUGAGAAUGAGAGAUCAUCUGCAGCGAACACUGCGCACGGACUCUCUGCUUGCGAUCAGAGAAAAUGUGAGCGACUGGCUCUUCUGAUUCUCAGCAACAUUUUGAGUGCUCCUUUCCACGAGCCCGUCAGUCCACUUGCUCGUCAUUACUACCAGAUCAUCAAGAGGCCAAUGGAUCUGUCUGUGAUCAGAGCCAAGCUCAGUAAAGGGAAUCCCAGGCAUUACAGCUGCCCGGACCAGUUUGUUGCUGAUGUCUGUCUCAUGUUCCGCAACUGUGCAAAAUUUAAUUAUCCUGACUCUGAGGUGGCCCAGGCAGGCCGCAGCCUCGAGGUGUUCUUCAUGUCAAAACUGAAAGACGUUUUCCCAGAUAGAGAUUUCCCGAUGGCUGAGCUCGAUUCUGACAGCGAUGAGUAUGACGAGACCUGCAGGGCCGCUAAUGGCGGCUUCCUCUGGCCAGAGAGGAGGGAGCAGUGUCACAGGAAAAGGAAGAGGAGGCAGUCGCUCAAGUCGAGGAGGCAUCACUUCUAACUGGAUGGUGAUUAGAAAGAAACUGUUCUCACAAAUGUGUUUUUUUGUUUUGUUUUGUUUUUUGUAAUUUGUUCAUUUUUAAGUGACAGCCUGUGGAGUGACAACGGAGAUUUUUUUCUCUUAUUCAUCUUUCGAUGACCAAUGUUGUGGUUUGUCAGUGCUACCAUCCGAUGGCAGCUGAACAUAUCUUCUUUAGUUAUUCUUCCUGCAGGCAGCUAAUCAAAGAAGCUGAAUGUGUAAAAAUAGUUUCGUUGGCAGGGUGUACGCAGCAGAGGGUACAGAGUUCCUCUUGUACACAUAAACAUGUUCUAUGUAUUACUUACUGUAAGAGCUUCUUUAUCAUAUCACCACACAACCCUCUGAUGAACUGCAUUGCUUAUUGCUUUAUUUACAUGUAGAUAUGUAAUCGGUGCACGCUUUCUGCCCUUUGCUGUAUUGUACAAACAGGAUGCUGUAGCUGGAUGUUUUUGAAACCUUGUAAUACGUGGACUUUUUUUUAAAUGACAUGGUCCUCAGUAUAAAAGAAAUGUUAAAAUGUUAAUGCUAGCAAAUUCUGUAAUGUUUUUACUCAUAUAUGUUCCACAUAUUAUAAAUGUUUGCCUGCAUAGAAACACUUUUGCUGUUGCUUCCAGUUACAAAAGGAACUUUUGCUUCUUCUUGACAUAACCUGAGUUUUAGUUUGUCACUCAAAAACAACAAAAAAAUGUCUCAUUUUAUCUUUUUGAUUAGAAAGAAAUAAAGGGUGAAAGAGUAAGAAAUAUACAUUCUGUUAAAGCUACAAGGAUAAGAAUAUUGACAUAGGAUUUUAUGUGUUAAACAAUAAAAAUGAGCUUUAUCUUGAAUCAUAAAGACGUGAAACAGGAUCCUUUCAUGUUCCACAAAAACCUGUGAACCUUUUCCUGUUUGAAUAACUCAGGUUGAAUAAAAAAAUACAUUAUUCAUAGUUCUAAAACGCCAGUAUCAUUUGUAACUUAAAUUCUGUUUAAAAGGACAUAUAAAUUUAUAACUCCUCAGAUCACUCCCUGUUUACAAAUAUUUCACUGUAAUGCAGCUCAAACUAGACAUGGCCUGUUUUUUUUAUAUAGACUCCAUAGAGAAAUGUAUUAAAAAUAGUAUUUCUUUUUGUUUUGAGGAAGGCGGACAAACUUUACUUAAAAUCUAUGUUUGAUUUUUUUUUUCAUUUUUUCUAAUUGUAAAAGCUUCAAAUGAACACAUACAGAAUAUACUAGCUUGUUGAAAUAUAGACCCAUUACAAGUGUCAUCAUUUCUACAAUAAAUGGGAUAUUUGA